AUGAACAUACAUACACCAGUCAUAAGCGGAAAUGUCGACGGGAUAUGUCUCAAAGAGCAUAUGAAACAAAGAAAAGAAAAAAAUUCAAAAUGUCUUUCCACCCAUUGUUGUGUUUGUCAAGCAAUUCAAAGUCUUAUCAUGGAAUAUCAACAUGGUAAAAGAAGUACAAUGUCGUCUCAUCAAGACCAAUUUACAUUUGAUAAGAUUGUGGAGAAAUUUACAGAUAAAGAUCGUAAUGUAAAGCCAUCCUCCUAUGCAUCCACAACCCUCAAUGUCUGA